GAGCCUCUGGAAAACAAGAUGAAGAAGAUCGUGGAUGCUCUGUGCAGACACAAAAACAAGGUCUUGAUGGAGGUGGUGUUUCACACUGCACUUACUCUGGCCCUAUCCCAAAGUCCUCUCGCUCAACUUUUCAGAAAUAUCUGCUUUAAGCCUCAUGUGGUGAAGGGGUCCUACCUUCCCACCAUGCCUGGAGACCUGCUUUUUGACCAGAAGAACUGGAAAAUUGGUCAAUAUGAUACAUCUUGGACUUGUCAGUGUGGCACAUACUGGAUUGUCACCAAUUGUGGGUGUCCUGGGGAAGUCAAACAAUGCCCAUGUGGUGCUGAAGUUGGAGGAAUUAAUCACAAACCUGAGAAAGGUUUUGUGAGGAAGGAAAUCACAGAGGAUAAAACAGGAAAAGGAUACAUCCUUGGGAGCCCUUCAAUACGGACAAAUGAAUUGGAGAGAGACCUGUCGCCUGCCUCUGUCUGUCUUGCAAGAGCUCUGCUGCCUUCAUCCAUGCUGCUGGGAAUCUAUACAGAUAAACAGGCAAUUCUGAGUCUGAUGGCAGAGAAGCCAAAGGAUGUGGCAAAAUUCUUCUGGGACCAUCUUGAAAAAGAUAUUGAAUGCCUGGCAGAGGCACUUAGCAGAAACACGGAGGAUGCCACAGUGACUGUCCAUCUGUUUCUCCAGCACUUGAACAACCGUACAACAGGACAAAACACGGCCUUGAAUAUUUUGCUUAGGCAAGAAGACCGAAGACAGUGGGAAACCUGCUUUAAAACCCUGACUCAGCCAUUCUUCCAGGCCUUGGAGCAGAGCCUUACUUCUGUCAAGCAGCAGAGGAUGAGAGAUCCUCAGGGCUCCAACCUGCUCCUACAAAUAGCUUAUGGCCAGAUGACUCCUUUCAAAGACCAGCCAAACCUUGGACUGAUUGGCGUGUCCUACAUGUGGAGAUUUGAACAGAAGACAUCCAUCCAGACUUUGAUGCAUCUCCUUCAGCAAGAACACAGAGAGGGUGAAGGAAACCCCUACCCUGUUCUUCUGGAGCUCAUGUCUAAGCUCCAAAACAUCCAGCAUGUCCAACACCUGCCUGACAUUUUCAGUCUGCAGAAAGCUCUGAUCCACUUCUUCCAGAACAGCCAUGGAGGGGAAAUGUACUCAGUACAACAGUUUCUAGACCAACAUGGUUCAGAGGACCAGCGUUCAGCUUUCUGCCGAGCUAUAGGGACCAUCCAGAAAGUCUGGAGUAAUAUCAGAAUGAAACCACUAUGCUCAGAUGUCAGAGUCCCCCUGGACCUGUUGCAAAAGGACAUCAAUGCCAACACUGCUGUCCUGAAACUCCUCCCAACUCCACUUUCUAUUGGUUACCUUGUGACGAGGCUUCUCAUACAGCUCCAGAACAGUUGUGUGGACACAGCUACACGGAUCACAAACGAACAGCAAUGGAUCAUCUCUGCAGAAGAAGUGAAACCAUCUUCAGUGCUGAAGAUAACUGAGAAUGAUCUGAUCACUGCGACACUGGCCAACUCCCAGUAUGUGAUAGAGGAAGACGGCACCAAGACAACCCAUUUUGACUUCCAGACACUGCAGCGGCAAGUGAUCCAACAUUUUAUCAGUGGGAGACCUAUCAUCAAAGUUCAGACGGCUCCAUCGUUUACACUGAACAGCAUGAAGACCCUGCAGCACACAAAAACAAAAGUGAGAGAACAGCUGCAACAGGAAUCACUAAGUGUGAACCAGCUGAAACGGAUCAUGGCAGAAGCCCGAUCAGUGAAUGCUAUUUCCCAGACGCUUGCCACCUUGAAAGUGGCUGCUGAGUUCCUGGCCGUGACUGGUGGGCACCCAGAGUGCCAGUUGUCUGCGUAUGUAAAAAAUGAGCUGAAGAUGGAUGCAGGUGUGGAACAGUUCAGAGAGUUGCCGGUGGUACCAAACACUCAACUGAAGCACAUCCUGUCUCUGUGGCAGACAUUGUCAGCAAAGAGAUCUGUGCUGCUGGUGCAGAUGAAUCAGAAUCCCUUCUGCCUGGUUUCUGAGCAGUACCACGAGGAGCUGAGUGCAGAGCAGGAGAAGGCUCUGACUACUGCACUCUGCACAGUUAACCUGGAUUUGUUCCUCAUUGAGCUCCACGAGAUGAUCAUUGUGCCUCUGGAUAGCUUUGAUCCACAGUGGGGGCUAAAGGAAACUUUCAUAUCCUUCCUGGGAGACAGGCAAGAUGAUGCCUCCAUUGCGAACCUGACAGGCACUUUGAGUCCAGACCUACUACUGAAGGAUGUUGUUUCCAUCUGGAAGACAGCUGUGAGGAUCAGCAAACUUCAUAGCUCUACUUACAUCCAGGAGAGACCAACCUAACUCUUGCUUAGUCCCCCAGGAAUUAACUUACCUGCAGCUUCUCCAGCCCACUUGUCAGCACCCUGAGUGCUUUAAUUGUCCUGACCAACCUCACCAAGACUUUUCACCCAUGCACCCACUGUCCACUGGUCCAGGAGCUCCACUUAAGCUUAGCCCUGGGCCUUCUGUCCCUGCCUGAGCUAUGUUGUAGGUGCAUUGGUGUCCAACCCUGUGCCCUGAUAAUCCUGAUUUGCUCACUAGCCUUCCUGCUUUGACCUUGGACCUGUCUCAUCACCUCACCUUGUUUGAUGAUCAUUGGGCAGUCAAUAAAAUCUGUCUCUGCCCAGGUUCUGUGGGACUGCGCCUGGUCGAUGGGGACACUCUCCUGCCUUUUCUGGGGUCACCCUCUGCUCCCAGCUCAUUUUCAUGUGUGGAACAGCCCCAUGCCUGCUGCUCCCUGAAAAAAAAUCUCCCCACCAACCAUUCAGUUCUUUGCCAAGUUAUUGCAUCUAAGUUUCAGAGCAGGUUACCAAAAAACAAUCAACUGGAAAGGGGGAGGGAAAGGGAACCUCAUUUAAUGCUUAGUACAGUAUUUGUGCUUUUUUCCUAAUAGGUGUGAUAGCAUAUUCAAGGCAGCAAAAGUAAUGUAAGCAAAAAUACGCCUAGAAAUAAAAAUCAAAAGCAAGAAACAGAGCAGCUGCAGCUCUGCGGCAUGGAUGAGCAGUGGUACUUCCACAAUAAAGACACACUUCACAACUGCAGCGAAAACCCAUUUUAUAUCCAUAUUUGGGGACUCUGCACCUUGAGAGA